AUGUCAUAUAGGCCCAUUUUGCAACGUGCUAACAGAAGAUAUGGACACUCAAAUUUUCACCUUGGAACCAAAACUGAAAAUCUACCCUCAAAAACUUUUAAAGGUAAACAGAACAAUGAAGCGAAGGAAGAGAAGAAGUUAAGUAAGCCCGAUGAGAAGAAAAAGGAUGAAAAAGAGAAGAAAAAUGACGAUAAAGAAAAGAAAAAUGACGAAAAAGAGAAGAAGAACGACAAAGAAGGUUCAGAUGAAAAAACCGAUGUCAAGCCGACCUUUUCUCUUGACUCUAUUCCCUCUCAUUGCAAGAAGGAUACAUUUGAAUUCAAAACACAAGGGGACGUUUCCUCUAUUAAUGGGUGCGAAAUAAUUGUUGGUGACGUCAAAGUGACUGAUUACAAGGAACCAUUUUUGAUUUUGGAAGACACUAAGUACAUUUUAGGAAACUUUAUCGUCACUAAUUCUCCCGAGUUGAUUAGAAUCGAGGCACCAAAUGCUAUUUCGAUUUCUAAAAACUUUGAGUUGAAAAGACUCACAUCCUUAUCAUUGGUGUCAUUCCCUGCCUUAAAAUCAACAAAAAAACUUGAUUGGCAAGUCUUGCCCAUUUUGAGCAGUGUGGAAUUUGGGGAUGAUAUUAAAGAUCUUGAAAGUAUUACAGUAUCUGACACUUCAUUGACAGGGUUUUCUGGAUUCUCAUCUGACACAUUAGAGAUUUUGGACAUCAAUAACAAUAGAUUUCUCGAUAGCAUCAAUUCUAGCGUUGCAAGGAUAACAAGUAAAUUACACAUUGCAGCCAAUGCUGAUGAUGUCACUGUAUCGCUUCCACUGCUAAGGGUGGCCAACAAUAUGAGCAUCCAUGAUGUUCAACAAAUUGAUUUUGGUGGAUUAGAGGAGAUCGAUAAUUCAGUCAGCUUCAUCAAUAAUCAUUUCGGCCUGUUGAAGCUUCCAAAACUUAAAUCAAUUGGAGGAACAUUGAGUAUCCUGAAAAAUGAUAAAGUGAAUGAAAUAGAACUUCCUACAGUUAGUACUAUUGGAGGAGGAUUGAUGAUUGUGAACAAUAAUAAAAUUGACAAAAUAAAUUUCCUCCCGAAGUUGAGCACGAUUGGUGGUGCAAUAGAGUUAGUAGGAAGCAUUAAGGAGACCACAAUGAAACAAUUAAAGUUAGUCAAGGGAAGUGCCAAAAUUAAAUCGACGGACAAAACUUUUGAUUGUACGAAGUGGUCAAGAAGUGAAAUUAGUGCUGUCAUUAGAGGAGGCAAGAUCGAAUGUACUAAUGCUAACAAUGAAAAAAUCGUGGCAAAUACACCAACCGAUGGUGGUUCAAUUGACGAUAUAGACGAUUAUGAAUCAACCAACUCUGACCUGCAAUAUGACGUUAAGUACCGUUCCCAUGCCUCAAGUUUUAUUUCUAAAAUCAAAAUCGAUUACGUCGUUUUUAUUUUCUUAUCAUUAAUUUCGUUAACAUAA